AUGCCGUCGGUUCCGCGGGGAUCUGGCGGCCGUGGCGCAGCCGACAUAUGGCGCGAGCCGAGGAGCCGCUGCCGACAGAUUUUUGGUUCGUUUUCCCAGAAAAACACGGGAGGGGGAGAGGGAAGGACUGAGCGGAUCUGGUCACCCCCAGGGACGGUGUUUGUGGUGCAGUGGGACAAGGUUUAUCUGCAGGGCAAGGAGGACAUGGGCAGCUUCACCUUCCAGGCCGCCCUGCACAGCAGCGGGAGGAUCGUCUUCGGCUACAAGGAGAUCCCGGUGCCGGUCCUGCAGAUCAGCGCCAGCCAGCACCCGGUGAAGGCCGGGCUCUCCGACGCCUUCAUGGUCCUCAACCCCUCUCCCGAUGUCCCUGAGUCCCGGCGCCGGACAAUCUACGAGUACCACCGUGUGGAGCUGGACACCAGCAGGAUCACCAGCCUGUCCGCCGUGGAGUUCACCCCGCUGCCCACCUGUCUGCAGCACCAGAGCUGCGAAAUGUGCGUGAGCUCGGAGCUGACCUUCAACUGCAGCUGGUGCCAUGUCCUGCAGAGGUGCUCCAGCGGCUUCGACCGCUACCGGGAGGAGUGGCUGAGCUACGGCUGCGGCCAGCAGCGGGACGAGGGGAGCUGUGAGGAUCUGGCGGAAGGCGAGCGUUACCCCGCGCCCCCGGCCAGCCCCGCGACCCCGCGGCCGCAGCACGGCUCCUCCGCCACGGCCUCGCUCUUCCUCGGCAGCCUCACCACCGAAGAUGACACGAAGCUCAACCAGUUUGCGGGAGGAGAGGGCACGGGGAGCAGCAUUCCCUCCGGGAGCGGCGGCGCCCCGCUGGCCACGGGCACCGUGGUGGGAAUCGUGGUGGCCGUGCUGCUCCUGGCCGGGAUCAUCCUGGCCGGGAUCUACAUCAGCGGCCACCCCACGUCCAGCGCCGCCCUGUUCCUCAUCGAGCGGAGGCCGCACCGCUGGCCCGCCAUGAAAUUCCGGAACCACUCCAACCCCUCCUCGUACGCCGAGGUGGAGGCGGCCAGUCAGGAAAAAGAGGGAUUUGUGGAGGCCGAGCAGUGCUGAGCGCUUCUCCCGAGGAAUCCCGAGGAAUCCCAAGGAAUUCCAAGGAAUCCCGAGGAAUCCCAAGGAAUCCCCAGGAAUCCCGAGCCUCCCGUGUCCCAAAGCGCCGGAAUCUUCCCUCGCCCCACGGGUCUGUCCCCUCUUGGAAAAGGAGCGGCGAGGAGAGGGAGAAGAUCCCAAGAAGGAGAUUUUUUUUGGGGAGGAAUUUUGGGAGGGGAUCCGUGCCUGGAUCCUUGUGGAUUCCCGGCUGGACACGCUGGGAAAACAAAAAAAACAGCGGCCGAUUUUUCCAGCUUGGUGGGGAUUUCUGCCUUUUUUUGUUGUUGUUUUUGGUUGUUUUUCCUCUUCCCUCUUCUGCUGGAACCUUCCCGCGGGGCUGGGAAUGUGGGGGAAUCUCCCUGUGGGCUUGGCUGGAGCAGCAGGGAGGAUUUUUGGAGCUCUGUGCUCGGGAACGUCGUGCCGGCGCCUCUGGAGCGGGAAGAGAUUCCGUGGUGUCCCAGGAGAGGCACCCAGGGCUCCUCUCCCACCUCCUUCGUCCCUUUCUCCGCUCUCCCUUUCCCCUUCCAUCAACAUUUCCAUUUUGCCCUCGUGGCCCAGCCGCCAUUCCCACUUUUCCCACCCUUCCUCUGUUUUUCCAACCCUCCCUGAUUCCAACUCUCCCUUCCCGGCUUCCCCUUCCACCCCCCGCUCCCAGGAAAAGGAAAUUCGGGUUAUUUUGAGACCAAAACCCCGCCGAGGAUUCACCUCCGGGACGAGCGCCGGCUUUGCUGUGCUUUUGGGCGCUAAAUUAGCUCGUUAAAUUGCUAAUUGUGACCCUUGGCCCUGAAGGAGACGAGGAGAGGGGGGGAAAAUAAAUCUGAGAUUCCACCAAAAUGCGUCCUCUGAUGGCCACGGAUGCAACGGGAACGGAGAGGGUUGGAGGGCAGAGCUCCGGGAUAAAUCCUGGAGGAAAUCCAAGCUCGUCCUUGGGGGUUUUCCGAUCCCUGAGGAGUGCUCGGACAUCGCGGGAAAACUGAAAAUCACCCCUAUAAAAAUCAUCAUUUUCAGUUUA